AUGAAGUUACACAUCUUGAUUUGUACUGUAGUUGUUCUCAGUUAUGGAUCAACUAUUACACGGCCAGAGUAUGAGAAACGAAGCAAUGCACUUGAUUUCUUCAAAGUAGUAAAGGAUGCUGCCAAAGCCAAGCUAUUGGAGGGGCUCUCAGAUGGCAGUCCACAUGAAAAUGAUGAUUCAGCUGGACAAGAUAAUAGUGAUGAGCUGAAUGCUGAAGAAGACGACGAGGCUGAUGAAAAUGGGGACGACAGCAGCGAUGAGGAUGAAUUGGAGGCGGAAAUUUAUGAUAACGAGAAUCCUAUGAAUAGGUACAAUGCUGGUAAGAUGUCUCAACUAAGAGCUGCUCAGGAGAUGGGUAUCAGUCAAUUUGAGGUCGAUGGUGGUAGGAAUCUGACUGGCGAAGCGAGCGAGCUGAUAGAUGGCUAG